AUGGGCGUCACGGGUGCUUUCCAGACCGCGCGGUCUACGGUCGUACGGGUAUCCCGUCGCGUCGCGCCGCACGCCCAGCGACUCGUCCGCUUCUCCCUCCACCGCCCCUUCCUCGCCUUCUUCAUCUACUCUGGCAUCUCCCUCUUCCUCGCCAUACAGUACUUCCAUUGGUGCGAACAUACCGGAAACGGGCGCUGGUACUAUAAUUGGGCGCUCACCAAGACCCCCGCGUCCCUAGUGCGUUUCAUACCCAAGGGCGACUGGGGAGAGCCUACAGACCCCCCGAGAUGGGUGCCGGAAAUAUAUGAUAGUCGGUGGAUGGGUGACUGGGAGGUGCCGCCACUAUCAAGACCGGUGUGGAGGCGGGAGGACGAGAUCUGGGGGAGUCAUGCUGUUUCCGAGGGCGGAGCUGGUGCCAGCUCACAUGCCGUGGGCUCGCCCUCGCCCGAGGACCAGAAGGGGGAGAGCGAGUCGAGUGGAUCUCAGGAGGAGAGCCAAGGUGGCACGGCGCCAUUGGCCUCUGCGGCGGACGUCAAGGAGCCUGGGGACCAAGGGCAAGGUCUCACUAUGGCGCAAAUGGCGGAGGAACAGCGGUUAGAUGACUUGGGCGAUCUUCCCAAGCUUUUACCCAACGACAAGGCGACGAGCGAUGACCCUCCCCAAGCCAUCAGAAUACGGGCUCCCGUACCACGUACCGACUCCCUCCCUACUGCCCACCCACACACCCUUUCCCGCCGCCUCAAAUCCCCCGCCAUCAUCAAAUUCCACGUCUUCUCCACUGCCGUCUCAGAGAAAUCAUACGCAAAGCGCCAACUCAUCCGCCGCCUAUCACCCAUGUACCAAAUACCGCCAGAGUAUCGCCACCUGGUGGAUAUCAAGUUCGUUAUGGGGUACAAUUACCUUGAUACCUGGGGUCCGCCCUUGAACGAGACGAUGGAGAGUAAGAUCAGAGAGGAGGAAAGGGAGUAUGGGGAUAUUCUGAGGUUGCCGGGACUGUGGAGAGGGGAGAAUCUGCGAGAUGGGAAGAUAUUGCAGUGGAUUAGGGAUGUUGGGGAGGGGAAAGAUGGGAGAGACGCAUGGUAUCUGUUCAAAGUGGACGACGACGCUGUCAUCAACUUGCCAAAGCUACUGGACCUGCUUUUGUCUAUCGACAUCCACGAGCCGACCUAUCUUGGAACCUCGCUUAACCGCUGGCCAUCAUAUCACAAUCACUUUACCGGAAUGCUCACUGGCUUCAAUUACGGUCUCUACAAAACCCUCUCCCAAGGCAUCAGCAAGAUGAAGGAGGUAGACGUCCAAGCAGCAUGGGAUGACGACGUCCUCACAGGCGAGAUCAUGUACUCCCUCCCACCCGCUCCUCGCUGCCGCCACUCACCCGAUCUGCCUGAAUGUGACCCACAUAGAGUCCCCGAAUACGGCUGGAUGCCACUCCCGGAGAAUCCUGACCCACGGACAGCACUAAACCGGUACGACUUUGAACGGCGGGCAGGCGAUCCAGCGUGGGUAGGGACGAAGGGGGAUCUGGGGAUGCAUGGGUGGUGGUUCAAGUUUCCGGAGUAUUGGGAGAAGGAAUGGGCAAGGGUGUUGAAGGGAUUAGUAUGGGAACCGCCAGCCUGGUUAGGCAAGUAUGCGGACUUGGAUGCAUAA